CAUCUCAGGAAUGCGGUCAGGGCUCGGGGAGCUGCUGGAGAACCCGAAGGGUCAGGACGCGGGCAGCCUGGAUGGGCAGGAGGUAGCACCUGCUGGCUGGGCCCCCGCUUGCCGCAGCGGCUCCUGCUGAGCACCGCGGCAUCGCUAGGACGGGUCACAGGCCGGCACUGGAUUCGGAGAGCCCUGUCCCCUCAGCCCAGCUCCACCACUGUCCCCAGCGCUCCAGGGACACAUCUCAUCUCCAGAGCCACUUCCUGUCCCCGCCGGGGCCCAGCCGCCGUGAUGCACACGCCCAUGGAGGAAUCCCUCUUCCAGAUCAUCGCCUGCUACCAUCAGUACGCCGCCCGGGAGGGGGAUGUGGAGACCCUGUCCUUGGAGGAGCUGAAGGCUCUGCUUAUGGACAAUGUACCCCACUUCAUGGAGAGCCUGGGCCGGAAGGAGCCCUACUACCUCUCGGAGUUGUUCCGGGCUGCGGACAAGAACAAGGACAAGCAGAUCUGCUUCGACGAGUUCCUGUUUGUCCUGGGCCGGCUGCUGACGGACUACCACCUGCUGUACCACCGGCGGCUGUGCACCUGCUACUGCGCCCAGCACAGCCUGCACUAGGUAGAGAGGCGCCUGCCCAGGCGGCACUAGAUAGAGAGGCGCCAGCCCAGUCUGCACCAGAUAGAGACGCACCCGUCUGCCCGGCCCACACUGAUAGAGAUGCGCCCGCCCGCCCAGCCCGCAGGUGCUGCCCAGGAGUUGGAGCCGGAGCCACUGCAGAGCUCUGUCCCGCUUGUGGGCCUGUGCCUGAACGGGCACGCCCCUGUGCACACGUGUGUGCAAUGUGCAGCUGUGAGGGAAGAGAAUAAAGCCG